AUGGCAUCCAAGCUUCGGUCAACAAGGCGGAGGACUAGGUCCAAGAGCCGGGCAGUGCGGGGUGCACGAGCAAGGCUGGUAUCUUGUGAGGCAGGGUGUAAUGUGGAGAAUCUGGCUACCGUGACGCAUCCAAGGAACAUCAUUUCUGGUCGCGAGGCCAUCAUGGCAGCCACGCCUCAGACUAGCUGGCUGACAUCUCUGAGAGGCUUCAGAGCCAAUACACGCCAAUCUUUGAUAAAAAUGUGGACCUGCAAGAGAUUGGGAUUUGUCACGCUGUCCAUUAUGGCCCUACUGUUGCUGGGCUGCUACUUCAGCUGUGGGUUCUCAGAUUCUGUGACUGCAAAUGAAUUCAUCCUAUGGAAGAAUAAAGAUGCUGAUGGCCAAUCUCUGGAAGAAACAUCCACUUGGAAAGCUCUGUUGAUUUUUUUCUUUCCAACAACAUGCAUUGUAAAGGAGAAUCAAGAAUUAAAGCCUUGUAAAGAACUGGAGAAUCUUAAUGAGACUGAAUGUUUGAGAUACAAGUGCUGUUUUUCAUCAUCCGGGACCAAGGACUUGAGUUGUUUUACCCCAUUAACAGAUAAGCCUACACAGAUGCUCCGGAUGUUUGGGCUUGGUGUGAUCAGCAUGAUCACCCUGGGAUGUCUGCCCAUUUAUUGCUGCUCUCUUUGCCAGAGGAG